CCCCUUCACCUGGUGGUGCCAGUUACUUCCUACUAACUCUAAAAAAAAUAGGGCAAGUAAUCCUCACGUCAUAAAAAAAAAAUCCUCACGUUGUGGCGGCCAACCAAUGAAGAAAUCCAAGCAAACUCAUAUGAACCCUAAUUGGGCUCAACUCCAACAAAAGCUGAAUCUUAAUAGCUCAAAAGCUUCAAGGACCCUCAAUGAUUUUGAAGAAGACAUGCCUAAAUCAAUAUUGGGGAAACGUAAAGAGAGGAUAGAUGAUGAUGAUGAUGAUUGCGAGAUUAACCCUCUUCAUCCUGUAAAUGAUGAUGCAAGUCUGACAGAUGCUGUGGCCAUGGAUUGUGAAAUGGUUGGGGUUGGUAAUGGAAACAAAAGUGCUCUUGGAAGAGUAACACUGGUUAACAAGUGGGGUAAUGUUAUUUACGACGAGUUUGUACGGCCAAUGGAGCGAGUUGUUGACUUCCGGACCAGAAUUAGUGGCAUAAGACCUCGAGAUCUGAGAAAAGCAAAGGAUUUUUGUACUGCUCAGAAGAAGGUGGCAGAGUUGAUCAAAGGAAGGAUCCUUGUAGGUCAUGCCUUGUCCAAUGAUCUUAAGGCAUUGUUAUUAAGUCAUCCCAAAAAGGAUAUACGAGAUACCUCCGAGUACCAACCAUUUCUAAAGUCAAGUAGUAGAGUAGCAUUGCGGCAUCUCGCUGCGGAACAUCUUGGUGCGAAGAUUCAAUCAGGAGAGCACUGCCCGAUAGACGAUGCCCGUGCUGCUAUGUUGCUUUACCAAAGAAACAGAAAAGAAUGGGAGAAGAGCUUAAAAGACAACUUUCGGACCAAACCGAAUAAAAAGAAACGGAAGAAGAAAACAGAUACAAAAGAAUGAAGACAUACUUCAAAAGCAAACCAUGCUGGAAUUGUAUCAUAGCAUUGGCUGCCUUUUAUUCAAAAACAUUUUUGUUAGGGACCCUAUCCUUCAAUGGUUAUUGUAUUGCUUAAAUUGAAUGAGAACUAAAAAGUUAGAAGGGAAAAAACAGUUUUUCAGAAUUACUUUAAGAUCAGUAUUUGCAUGGUCUCACUUUUGUUCUGUUUUGCA